CAGAUACUUUCGAGAAUAACGAAAUUACUUUAGUUAGAACUUGGACGUCAUUGGUUAAAUUUUGCCACAUAACUAAGCCUAACCUGUUGGUGAAUCAUGAAUAACCCAGAACCUUAGUUGUUACCAAAGCUGCUUAGUAUUUGAAACCAACCAAAAUUCUUUCCACAGAUUAUUGGCUCGCCUUUGUCUGCUUUAAAAAUAGCCAGAAAGAUCCCAAAACAACAUUGAAAUAUUUAUGAGGGAUGGAUAAUAUUACCGCUGAUGAUGUGGCGUUUUGGAUACGCUUGACUUUCAAAAUAGACUGUUGCAGUUGGGACGCAAUCCGAAAAUUGAAGAUGUUUACGAACCCAGCCUGAGAAACGUGAAGCGUGUUUAUUAUUUAAAUAGUUAAGUCAUUUUGUAACCGAUCAACUGCGCAGUUGCCCUUGUAAAUGCCUAAUAAGCGGCUUUCAAGAGCUCGGCACGAUCGAUAGAUCGAUGAGCCGAAAACCCAAGAUCCCUUCCCGAAACCCAAGCUCCGUGGUCUCUAAUUACACUUGAGCCGGUCUUAUUGAACUGACACUUGAUCGCCUAUCCAAGUGCUGAUGUGAUUACCCAUCGCAUCCUCCAUUUUACUCGCAUCGCAUCUAAUUAUGCAGCAGUCAAUCGCGGACUUCAAGUGCUUGGCGCAUGUCUAAACAAAAAACUUCCGUCGAACUACAGGAAACCCGGAGUCAAAGUUAAACCUUAAGCAGUAUACUUUGCAUUAAUUGGAAGUAAAAAGUAAUUGAGGCGCUCAAAGAUGCUUAAUUGUAAAUAAAUCAUAGCCAAGUGGUUAGGUUAUAAAGUUCGAUAAAUAAGGUUUCGACUAAUGGGUACCGUGUAACUUAUACAGAACCUGUAUAAGAAAUGGUACUUUUUCAUACUAUUUCCAUAAAUUAUGCAACAAAUAAUGUGUUCUAAAAAAAAAAGAAAAAAUGGUGAUCCACAUGCUGGUUAUACCAUCCAGAUAAGAUGGUAGAAACCAGAUUUCAGACACCCUGUCGCCGAAUAUGCCUGCUGAACCAGCGAAUUUCGUUGGUAAAAAAAAAAAACAAAGUAUCUUUAAGAUACUCGAAACUGACAGCCAACGAGCGCUGAAAAUGCCACUUGAGCCGUUUCGAAAAGGGUUCUGUGGCAGGCAACAAUCGAUGGGUAGACCAGAAAGCUAUUAGAUAACUAAUUGACCAAGCGGCAUACAUACAAUUAAUGAUGUUUCCAUAGUUGUCUCCGCAUCACUCCGAAUAUGCAUAUAUCCGUAGUCGAGUGUGAGAAGUGCGAAUUUGAGCGACGCCGAUAAUGAACUUCAAAUUGCCGCCACUGGCUUUGCGAUUCGAGAUUCUAAAGCUGAGUAAGAAACCGGACAGGUGAAGCUCAGGCUGCUGCUGGUCAGUGAAACAGUCGGCCAGCCAGCACAUCUUCAUUCAGAUUUAUGCAAAACGCAAAAAAACAACAAUACCUCGAUCUAAAAGCCACCUUAGCCAGCGGCGAGAACAUCUUCAAGAUCAACAUAACUCCCGAGGAGGCGCAGCAGUUCCUGAACAGCGCCCAACUGCGUGGCAUCGGCGACAUCGAGUAUGCCCCGAAAACCGGUGAGAAUCCCCUGCCCGAGGCGCGCAACGAGAAGGGAGAGUUCGUCUACAUGGGCCGCGUGAUCGAGCAUCCCGAGGAGUAUGUGGAGGAGCACUACGAUGCCCAUCAGUACCAUGGUCAGGAUGGUUUGGGUCAGUUUGCCUAUGGCUACAGGGACUGGAACCAGGGCAAGAACGAGAAGCGCGAUGAGACGGGCAAGGUGACCGGAUCGUACAAGUAUGUCCAACCACAUGGCCGUGACUUUGUGGCCAACUACUAUGCGGAUAAGACCGGUUUCCAUGUGGAGGACAAUCGUCCGGCACACCUUAAACUGCCGGCCACUAAGACUCCCGCUGUCCUCAAGGCCGAGGAGGAGCACUUCAAGCUGUGGGGUGAGCUGGCCGCCGCCGCUGGCCACAACCCCGAUCCCUAUGCCGCCGAGUACCAGCAGGAGGGUCGCUACCAGCCCACUGAGCCCGAGUACCAGCCCUACGUGCACGAGGAGCCGCCAUAUGUGCCCGGACCCGAGGAGACCGGCGAGCCCAAGGGCUUCUUCUAUGCCUUCGACUACAAUGUCCCCUUGUUGCGCAACAAGGAGGAGCGUGCCGAGCUGGAACGCCUGCGCGCCAUCAACAACAAGGAUGAGUAAGAUUCAGAUCCUGAUCUAGAUCCUUGUGCAUUUGGUGGCUCCAUCGCAUCGCAUCCAUGGAUCGCCUUGUAUAGGUCGUUCUGUAGAAAGUAGCUAAGACAUUUUCACAUAUUUAUUGAAAUCCUUCGCAAAAUAAAUCGCAACUUCAAAUACACUUUUGUCAAA